CUCAGGAUCCCACUCCGUCGGAGAGAUCACAAUUGCGGGUCUUCGUUCCAUUACUCGUUCGGCAACUGGCUCCGCAAAACGUCACGCAUACACUGGCAAUCACCGCCCACUCAGUAAUUGCAUACCGGAGAUAUCCACUGUCAAUGAAGUACAACUAGGCCGGUGCAUGCUGCUCUGCACAGGAUGUCCACUCGGUGCCAGCUACGAAUGGAACCCCAAAUUCAUGCGCCGUGAAAGAAGCGAGUACGUCACUGCAAAUUUCCAUGUGUGAGUUACGUUGACUGAACCUAUUACUAUCGCUGCUCGAUGGACAAUCUGGGUGAGAUUCGUGCUACGGUACCUGAGGAGGCACUGCUCCACGUGUUGCGAGUUGUUGGCCUUAUGUACCGGGUCGCAGCUAGCUGGGUCUUCUUCGUAUCCGCCAUCUCCGAGCCUGCGGAACACUCACCUGACUCAGCUAUUGUUCUACCCCAAGAACUGAUUGAGUACAUUGCUGGCCUACUCUGGAAUGAACCUGUUCAACUUGCCAGGUGUUGCCUUGUCUGUCAUGCCUGGAGACAUGCUGCAGACUGCUAUAUCCACAAUGAAGUGGUCAUUCCAGACAAAAAGACACUUGUUGCCUUGAUGCAGAUCCUGAUGUCUAAGCAGAACAAGUGUUGUAGCAAGACCAUACAGAGUCUGUGUAUUGUGGACCAGCAUGAGAAGCCCUAUGCACAUACAUUCCCUAUGUAUAUCCAAGGCUGCCUUUUGCCUGAGAUAGAUUUCCUUGGCAUGAAGCACCUCAAUUGGGCAAUGGCUAGGUCCCAUGCUAGCUUCUUCAGCUAUCUCAACUCCUUCACAUCUGUGCUGAAGUUGGAGCUUUCUGAGUGCUGCUUUGUGAAUGCUCAGCAAGUCAUGAAGUUGGAAAAACCCCAGAUAGUGAAUAUGCAUCAUGGCCCUAAGCCUCUUGUCAAAAAGAAUGUGAAUGAGCUUGAAGUUGGCAUUGUGACCACAGAGCUACCUUCCCAAGGGCUAUGGCUAUUUGUUUUAUACAUUUUGAGCACAUGCAUGUUAACAAGACAGACUCUAGUCUGGGAGUGUAAAGCAAAUGAAGAUUGCUUUCCAACUUUCCUAAAAGUUGUUCACAAUCAUCAGCAAUCAUCCAUGAACCUUGUCUUCUCACAGUUUCCAUCAUCCAGACAUUCCCUUGAGAAGGGACUCAUUCCAGUGUUGUCCAGUAUCAGGGGCAUAUGGGUGAAACAAAUCACAAUCCAAAUCAACAUGGACCACAUCCAUUGCAAUACUGAUAUUACACAAGUGGCUGAGGAAGAAUCUAUCAGUUCAAUUGCUGCUCUGCAUGCCAUGUUAUGCCAGGAUGCCUUCAGUUUACUCCUACCUGGAUCUGUAAAAUUCAGAGUCAGCUUUGACAGGGCAACAGAGCAUCCCAUUGAAGAUGCCAUUUUAUCUCUUGUGGCAUUAUUGUUCACACCAUGGCUCAAGAGAGGUAUCCUCACACUUGAGUUUCCUGAUGAGUUAGAUGGUACACCAAUGGACAUUAUUUCUGCAGGGAAAUGCCAGUCUCAGUCUGUGAUUUCUAGAUGA